AUGACAUCACGUGAUAAUCGAGUGGCCAAAUGGUAUUUCGGAGGAGUGGCCUCCGCCGGCGCCGCCUGUUGUACUCAUCCCUUAGAUCUACUCAAAGUUCACUUACAAACCACAUCCCGGGCUAAACUCAAUGCCGGCACCCCUUCGCCACAGGUCGGGCUCGUGGCCAACACUCUGAUCAUCGAAAUCACUGAAAGUCCGCUCUUCUUGAAACUUAAUCCAACGACUCGACACACAGGACUUCCCAUUAAAUUGUAUGAAUCGGUGAUUGAUUUGGUGAACGGUUUGGCGACAAUGCUUUUCGUUGACAUACCGUUCAAUUUGGCCACAGAAGAGGCCGAACGCAUAGGUCUGGACCACAUGGCGAGGAUGACGGCCACCACACAGUCGGGACAAAUGGCCAACUCUUUGGUGGCGGAACACCUGCGCGUCCAAUACAGUGCCGUCAAGAUGUUGAGGGAUAGGGUUCGGCUGAUCCUCGACUACGUCCGCGACAUUCGCAACGAUUCCGUCGAAUGGAAUCACGAGAUUCUUCGCGAGACAUUCAAUCUCUGCCAUCGCCUACCGGUCCUCAGCUCUGAUAAGUUUUCGCAAGACUUUUACAAUCAGUGCAAUGAUGUGGCGCUCAUGACUUACUUAGGAAUGCUAACCAAAGGAUCAAAUACUGUCAAUCAGUUCGUCAACAAAUUCAAUAUACUUUACGAUAGACAAGGAAUGGGUCGCAGAAUGAGAGGUCUCUUCUUCUGA